AUGAAUAUAUAUUUGUGCAUACUCUCCCUGUGCUUGGGACUGUCCUCUGCUGCUCCAAGAAUAGAUCCUGAUUUGGAUGGCCACUGGCAGCUGUGGAAGUUGUGGCAUAAUAAGGACUAUUAUGAGAGAGAGGAAAACUGGAGGAGAGUGGUGUGGGAGAAGAAUCUGAAAAUGAUUGAACUCCACAAUCACUCAUUAGGAAAACACAGUUACAAGUUGGGAAUGAAUCAGUUUGGUGACAUGACAACUGAGGAGUUGAGCGUGAUGAAUGGCUAUAUACACAAGUAGACAGGAUGGAAGUACAGAGGAUCCCAGUUCCUCGAGCCUAGCUUCCUGGAAGCACCAAGAUCUGUAGACUAGAGAGAGAAAGGAUAUGUAACACCAGUUAAAGAUCAGGAUACACAUAUGACAAUGCCGUGGUUGAGGAGAGUGAGGGGGGAAGGCGAGAGCGAAGGAGGGACUGCUCGCCUGCAGCUGCCAGGAUGGCCCCAGACUGAGCAGUGGGGGCCGGUAGCUGCAUUGCUUGCCACUCUGGCAGUCCCCGAGGACUGGCCAGAGUUGGCACAGGGGGAAAAUGUUACCCCGAAGGCGGUUGAAUCUGCUUUACAGGCUAUGCCCUUCCGUGCUGCUUCAGAAGCAGCUCGGAGGCUAGCCGGACAAUUAGGGUGGGCACUGCUGACGGGCAUUCGAGCCUUAGAUAAUGAGCCCUUCCAACCUCAACCAUUCUGUGAUUCUGUGAAGGCAGAGUACAAGGCUGCUAAUGACACUGGCUUUGUUGACAUCCCUCAGGGACAUGAAAGAGCUCUCAUGAAGGCAGUAGCAGCUGUGGGUCCAAUAUCUGUUGCUAUUGAUGCAGGCCAUUCUUCACUCCAGUUUUAUCAGUCAGGUAUCUAUUAUGAACCAGACUGUAGCAGUGAAGACCUGGACCAUGGUGUUCUGGUUGUAGGUUAUGGCUUUGAGGGGGGAGAUGUAGAUGGCAAGAAAUACUGGAUUGUUAAGAACAGCUGGGGUGAGAAGUGGGGUGACAAAGGAUAUAUCUACAUGGCAAAAGACAGGAAGAACCACUGUGGGAUAGCAACAGCUGCUAGCUAUCCACUUGUAUAAUUUGAAGACUGAACAUUUCAGUGCAAGAGGU